CCUUCCCUUUGCUAUUCUCAAAUUUGAAGCAAGUUAAGCCACUCAAUGGAGUUGCUGCUCCAACUCCAAGCCAUCGGUGCUCUCUCAGCUCUAGCUCUCUUCUACCAUCUAUGGAUCUCAAAAGCGACCUUUAUUAACAGGAGUAAGCCCACACAUGCCCCGGAACCACCAGGAGCAUGGCCUAUAAUCGGUCAUCUCCUUCAGUUAACAACCCCUGAGCAGCCCCUCUUUCGGACACUUGCAGCCAUGGCAGACAAGUACGGACCAGCCUUCACCGUCCGAUUUGGUGUCUACCGUACACUUGUCAUCAGCAAUUGGGAGUUAGCCAAGGAUUGCUUCACCAUAAACGAUAGGGCUCUUGCAAACCGUCCAAGAAGUGCCUCAAGCAACCACUUGAGCUAUAACUAUGCAUUCAUGGGUUUAGCACCUUAUGGACCUUACUGGCGUGAGGUUCGCAAGUGGAUGGUUCUUGAGCUGCUCUCAAACCGCCGGCUUGAGUCACUCCGGCACGUCCGAUAUGCAGAGAUUGACAAUUUUAUUAAGGAUCUACAUGGGCACUGGGUGAGAAACAAGAAGAAUCAGAUUAAGGUUGAAAUGAAUCGAUUGUUUCGAGAUCUAACCAUGAAUAAUGUGCUCAAGAUGGUUGUGGGAAGAAGAUAUUUCAGUGUUCUUAAUGCCAAGAACAAUGAAGAGGUUCAGAGGAUCCAAAGUGUCAUAGUUGAGUUCUUUAAAUUCAUAGCUGUCUCGGUUGCAUCAGAUGUGCUUCCCAGUUUCUUAUCAUGGUUGGACUGGGAUGGGCAACAAAGGGCAAUGAAGAAAACUGCUAAGGAUAUGGAUGAACUCGCUGAGAGGUGGCUCGAAGAGCAUCGGCAAAAGAGACUAUAUGGAAAGGUUGAUGGUGAUGAGCAAGACUUCAUUGAUGUGAUGCUUUCAAUUCUUGAGGAAGAUACUCAAUUACACGGUCAUGAUCGUGAUACAAUAGUAAAGGCAACGGCACUGAAUUUGAUUAUAGCAGCUACUGAUACAACUGCAGUAUCCCUUUCAUGGCUUCUUUCUCUAUUACUAAACCACAAGGAAGUCCUAACAAAGGCUCAAGAUGAAUUGGACUUCCAUGUUGGGAAGGAAAGGAAUGUGGAAGAAAAAGACAUUGAAAACCUUGUGUAUCUCCAAGCAAUUAUCAAGGAAACACUUCGUCUAUACCCACCAGGACCACUAUUAGUUCCCCAUGAAGCCAGGGAAGACUGCACCUUUUCAAGUGGCUUUAGAGUCACAAAAGGAACACAUGUGUUGGUGAAUGCUUGGAAGAUACACAGAGACCCGCGUGUGUGGUUGAACCCUUUGGAAUUCCAGCCAGAGAGGUUUCUUACAUGUCAUGCUGAAGUAGACACAAGAGGGAAAAACUUUGAGUAUAUUCCUUUCGGGUCUGGCAGAAGAUCCUGCCCGGGUAUCUUGUUUGCCCUCCAGACCAUGAGCAUGACGAUUGCCCGCUUGCUUCAUGGGUUCAAUCUGCAAACACCACAGGGUCAGCUAGUGGAUCUAACUGAGGGCAUUGGUUUAACACUGCCCAAGAAACUCCCAUUGGAAGUCCUCCUUAGCCCUCGACUUCCUUCCCAUCUGUAUGAAUAAGAUUUUUUUUUUUUUUUUUUUUAAAUGUUAUGUUAUGUUUUGUUAUAGCCAAAGCUUUAGGUAACAUUUGGGAUUUACUUUAAUGUUAAAAUAUGUUCUGUCUUUUCAAUAAUAAAUUAAGGGGAGAGGUUUUG